GAUCUGGCAAACCGAACUGCCGCUGAAUUUUUUCGCACAAGAAUGACAGCGACUAUCUGACAGUGUCAGUCUCAACAGCGCUGAUGCAGGUGCUGGUGAUAUAGCGGUGUUCGUUUCAAUUGUAUUGUGGUAGAUGCGUGCGCUGGCUACCGCCGCGGUCAGAUAAAAAACACGUUGGAGUCAACGACAACAACAAUAACAACAGUAGCAGCAACAACAACAGUAGUUAUAACAGAAAUAAAGGCAACAGCGGAGGAGCUGCAGCUGCAGCAGCACCCGGAGGCCCUGUUCGUUCGCGCCGGUCAUCAACAUGAGCAGUGCUACUACCGGCGAGGGUCAGGCUGAUAUCGCGCCUCCCGGAGUAGACUUCGAGGAGCUUUCGCAAGACAGCCGUUGUUCGCAGUUACAGGACCACAAAGAAAACGGCACCAAAUCGCCUCAAGAUGGCGGAGCCAAGGACUCGGGAGAGUCACAAUCACCACAUGAAGUAAUCGACGAUAAGGAACAAAAAAUUGAUCCUGUACUUGGCUAUAUCCCGUUAGUUGAAAAUGAGUAUCGCUACGCAAAGCGAGAUUCUCAGAAAGAUCUCCGGCGUAUGGAGUGCGAUUGUACGCUUACAAAGGAUGAAAUUUCGCGUGGAAUCCGAGGCUGUGUUGAUGACUGCCUCAACCGUAUGCUGCUUGUCGAGUGCGGACAACGCUGUCGUCUCGGCGAUAACUGCGGUAACAAGCGAUUUCAGCGACAAGAGUACGCCAAAGUAGACCGUUUCCAUGCUGAUAAAAAGGGCUAUGGUUUGCGGGCAGUCGAACCACUGGCGGCUGGAACCUUCGUUAUGGAAUAUGUUGGUGAGGUUCUAUCGGCAAAUGAAUUUCGACGGCGGGUAAAACGUUACGAUGCCGCCAAGCAUUUUUACUUUAUGGAGCUAAAACCCGGUUUGGCUAUUGAUGCGACCGCUAAAGGUAAUCUCUCGCGGCACAUGAAUCAUAGUUGCGACCCAAACUGCGUUACCGAGAAAUGGACCGUCAACGGUGAUUUACGUGUUGGCUUCUUUACGAAGAAGGCCGUGCGAGCAGGUGAAGAGCUCACAUUUGAUUAUAAGUUUGAGGUGUAUGGCAAAGAAGCGCAGAAAUGCUAUUGUGGAUCAGAAAAUUGUCGGGGUGUUAUCGGGACCCAGAAAUCAACCACCAAAAAGAAGGAGGAACGUCGCUCGAGAAUUGAAGAGGAGAUAGAUGAAGAGGAACUUGAGGUUCUAGAAGAGGGACUUCGAUCUCGAGAUGAUGUCAUCAACCUCUGUAGGAUUAUGGUUCGUGCUGAAGAUCCGGAAAUCCGUUGUCGGCUCCUUGAUAUUAUUGCAGGAACCGCAGAGGCAUGUCUUCGGUUAUUUGUCGACUAUCACGGUCUAGAGCUCCUUUGGAGCUGGUUCACCGAUUUAAAAGGUUAUGAAAUUCGUGAAAAAAUGAUCUCAACACUGCAGAAGCUACCGGUCACAAAUAAGACGAUUGUAAAAGAAAGCAAAUUGCUAACGGCCUCACAUCAGCUUGCAUCGGACCUAUCUGACGAGCUGGAUGCAAUGCGUAAGGCCAAGACUGAAGAGGAGAAGCUCGGUCCGAUCCAGGAGCUUUACAAAAGCAUAUCCUUGCUUCUCGACAGGUGGAAUGCGCUAAAGGAAGUAUACCGUAUACCCAAAUUAGAGCAGCAGCGUCGAAAGGAGGAUGAGCGAGAGGUCGACCGCCGUGAGAAGGACCUCAAGAAAGCGAAGAAAGAGGAAAAAAAGAAGAAAGAGCGAGACAAGGAAAAAGAAGACGAUCCGGAGAAGCCUAGUCGAGGUCGCAAACGGUCGCGGAGUAGAAGUCGCUCACGGAGUCGAUCCCAUUCCAGAGGACGCACUAGAAGAAGGUCGCGUUCACGAUCUAGAUCACGCAGUAGAAGUCGCGACCGAGCUCGCAAGCACCGGAAUCGGAAACGGUCGCGUAGCAGAUCGUCCUCAUCGAGCAGUAGUCGUGAACGAACCACUACUUAUAAUAAUAAACACGGCCAUAAUCGGCAUGGACAAGACGCUCGCGUGCCACGAGUUUCUAAAGAGGAGCGUCGGCGUUUAUUUGCUCUUCAAGCGAAACGUGAAGACGAGCUGCGUAUGCAACAGGAGAUGCUGCAACAGCAACAACGAGCCAUGGACACGGGCGCCGUUACAUUGACACCGAUGUUCCGAGAUGAGUCCGGACGUUUCGUGCCAGUUCCGCCAGACCUGUUGUCUCAGUUACCGCCACCAGUGAUGAUGCAGCCUGCGAUGAUGGGUAUGGCACAUAUGGCGCCUUCCAUGGCACCGCAUAUGCCGCCCGGAUGUUUGCCACCAAUGGGACCAAUGGGCCCAUUUGACCCACCUCCACAAGCUAUGUUUCCGAGUGGACCAGCGCCCGGUAACCAUCUACCUCCCUCUGUACUGCCACCACCUGGGCACGUAAUGGCGCCUUUUCCACAUCCACCACCUCCGAUCAUACAUCCGCAUCAUCCACCUGCUGCGACAGCAGCACUAGCUGCUCAAGAUCAACGCGUCGUUGCCAAGAUCCGAGCGAUCCGCUUACCGGAUUUCUGGAAGGCGACAAAAACUGACGUUGGAGAAAUUUACUUCUACCAUACGUUAACUCGAGAGGUAUCGUGGGAACUACCGGAAGAAGGGGCGGCAACAGCCGAUCUCGUACACGCCCGAUUGCCACACACCGUAAAAGUAGAGGUACCGCAAGUCACCCAACUAACACAGAUUACUGUGGAUACCGAGCUAGCGGUGGUGAGCGGUGAAGCGAAAGGCCUAAAGGAACGAUUUAUGGCAGAGAUCUCGCAAUAUAUCGUUGGCAUUCUAACGCCUUACCGCCGGGACGAUUGUCCUCGUGCUCGUAUAACGAACGAUGAAGAUUUCCGAAAAUUGGCUAGAAAAAUGACGCACGCUGUGCUGGGUAAGGAGCUGCGACAGUGCAAGAAGGUUGAGGGCCUCGUUGUCAACGAUGCUGUUAAGCUGAAGACCAAGGAUUUUGUUGCCAAGUACAUGACGAAAUUUGGAGACGUGUUUGUUUAUAACAGCAGAGGACGUGAAUGAUGCAAUUUUUUGCUUAUCAACUGAAGAUUGCAAACAGAGUAACAAGGGAGAAUGAUGAAGACAGGUAAUGUCAAAGGGCAGUUAUGUAAUUAGCGAUGCAGAUUAUCAUGUUAACUUUUGGUUGUAUGACUAUUAGGAUUCUAUAUCUGUUAAAACUAGGAAUAAGGCGAACGCAGAUUUGGAACGAUACAACAAUAGAAUAAAUACAUCGAAAUGUACCAAUUGUAAAUACCUUAAAUAAUAAGUAAAUGUUGUACAUAAGGCGUAUUUCCAAGAUAUUUGUCGUCUUCUUUUUUUGUGUGUAAGAAUGUGACACUGUGCUCGGUGAGUACAUACUUGUGACAAAAUUGGUCACUAUGUUCUCGAAGCUUAUUUUUUUGUAGCUAUUAUAAUAAUCUCGCUUAAAUACCGAAUACGAUGGACCACGGCCGCGUCAACCUAAGCUUACAAGCUCAUUACGUUUUCCUUUGAAGAUCAAAAAUCAGCUGAUGUCCGCGUCCUUAACGACAACGCUUUAAUGAUUUGUGUUUAAAUUCAAUCUUCAGAUGUUUUACCUUCCGUUUAAUAGGCAACAACACAGGGAAGAAAAGAACGAUAGAGAAAAUGCCAAAGACAGAAAAAUAUAUGAAUGAAAACUUAUGUCAUGCGAAAGGCUAUUGAAUGUAGGCAUAGAGAACUUCCGAUGAAUCUGUGUUAGGCCAGUAGAUGUAUCUUAUUAUCGAAUUAUUUUGGAGAAGAAUUAACGUUAGUAUAAAAACUUCGAAAACUACUUUCCCUCCAACGUCAUUGUUUUUGCAAGACUAAGAAUGAAAGAAUAUGCUACGCAAAUACUCGGUUAGUUUGUCACGCACGUCGGUGAUUUUUUGAGUACACUUAAAAUACAUCCCGGGUUCGUACAGUCCAGCAUCCACUAUAGAUUUAAUACAGUUUUGACAUUGGACUUACCACAUUUGUUGAGCAGAUAUGUUAGUUGAUAAAUAUUUGACCACAUAAUAAAAAGAAGCUACGAAAUUGCCAUU